AUUCAGAACUUGCAAAAGUUAUUCACAAAGUUGAUGGAAUUUUAGAACAUACAAACAACCUUACUUCGGUCUUGAUGGUUGGACUGCUCCUAAUGGGCUUUUUUACUGAUUUGCAAUAUCUUUCAGAUGUUUUAUUUCCAAUCAAAGAGGCAAUUUUGGCAGUUGAGGCAAAUCGUUCUACCUUUGCUGACUGUUAUAUUAAUUUAGUAAAAAUUGCUGUGACAAUUCAAAAUCUUCCUAUUGACGAAUAUAAAGGAUUUCGCAAUAAAUGUGUUAAAAAAUUUAAUAAACGGUUUGAAGAAUUUAAUGAUCCUAUUUAUCAACUUACAUAUUUUCUUCAUCCAGCAUAUAAAGGUCUUGGAUUAAAGUUUGGUACAUUUCCUUUUAUUGCAAAUUAUGCUGGAAAAUUAUGGCAACAAAUGGCAUUAGGAUGGAUUUAUAGAAAGCAUCGAACUAGAUUAAAUAUAGAUCGGUUAGAAGGAUUAGCAAAAAUUUAUUGGUUUAAUUUAUCAAACCCUAUAAAACAACUUCAUCAUACUCAAACUGCAGAAAUAACUCCUGAAAUAAUGACAAAUAUUGCUGAAACUGUUUUUAAAGAGUUUGAAGAAGAAACAUUAAUAGAAGAUAAUGAUAUUGAAAUGCUUAAUCCUGCUAAAAACCUUUAUCCAAAUGAACAAGAUUUAGACUUAAGCAUUUCAACUUCUAUUGAUUUUAAAUUUUCAGUUUUUAUGUCCUCUAAUAGUUAUGAAAGUGAGAAUUUUAUUGAAAUCGAAUCUGAUAAUGAUAUACAAGAAGGUGAGUAUAAUGUUGAUGAAAUUGUUGCUGCAGAAUUAAAUUACA